GAAAGGGGCGGGGCUCGCGGCGGGCGCCGGAAGUCCGCCCGCUUCCCUCUCGCUUCCGUAGGCCGGGUAGUGAGUCGCUGCUGCUGCUGUUUUGUUUUGCUCGCCUUGGGCGCCGCUGCUUCUCCGCUGCAUCUUCCAGGAAGGAGGAGGAGGAUGAGGCUGGUGAUCCUUGACAACUACGACCUGGCCAGCGAGUGGGCUGCGAAGUAUAUCUGCAACCGCAUCAUCCAGUACAAACCGAGCCCGAGCAGGUAUUUCACUCUGGGCUUGCCAACAGGUAAAUGAAUGCAAUUGCUUGGCAUUUAUUUAUUAAAAAUUGCUGGGGGUUUUUUUGCCUCUAUCUCACAUCAGGGGCUCUCCCAGAUGUCACCAGAGACAUAACAGGGUGCCCUGACUGAGGAGGACAAAAUUGGACGCACACACCCAACUUUGAGUUGCCACCUGUAUAAAUAUAGAUAUUAUUAUUACUAUUUUAUUUUGUGGCUCCUUGGCUCAGCGCCCUGUGCAGGGGAACUGCCCUAAAUCCAGCGCUCCUAGCACAGAGUCAGAGAAUGAAAACCAAUACUGUACAAGCAAUUCAAGUUGUAAGUAAAGCAGAUUCCAGCUAAAGGACAGGAAUAAUUUUCUGGCAGCAAGUUUGACAGCUGAAUGUGCUCCCUCCGGAAGUGAUGGACUCUCCUUCCUUGGAGGUUUUUAAGCAGAGGUUGGAUGGUCAUCUGUCAUGGAUGCUAUGGUUUCCUCUAUUGCAGGGGUUGGGCUCGUAGCUGUCAACUUUUCCCUUUUCUUGCGAGGAAUCCUAUUCGGAAUAAGGGAAUUUCCCUUUAAAAAAGGGAAACGUUGACAGCUAUGGUUGGGCUAGAUGACCUUCGGAAUGCCUUCCAACUCUACAAGUGGGCACCGAACAUGACCCUGCGCUGUGCAGGAAGCCACUGUUCAUCCUUCAACUGCCUGCGUAUUGUUGUGGGAUAAUUUCCUUCCGGCCAGGCUUGUGAGUUCCUCCCUCAUCCUGCUUUCUAUUCUCACUUCCCUUAUUUGUUUAACGCAGUUAAAGUGGGUUCACAGAUACACACAUAUGACAGAAAGCCCAAUAGUCUCAGGAGGGGCUGUAAAGGAAAGAACAUAGGAUGUUUUUCUUUUCCAACUCCUCCAAACCACCCCCCUCCACAGGAUCCAGAUUCAUUUUUCGAAUGGAAAAUGACAGGUGCACAUACACACAUGUACUGCAAUUUGCCUGCUCCCAGAGUAGCCUGAUGAAAAUGGCUUUUGAAGUUUUGUUACACAUUCAUGCAGCAAGAAAGUAGCACAUUUUAAAAGUUUCAGCAAGGUCCUGACCAGGUUUACUCAGAGCCAGCUACCACACGGUUCAGUGGGGCUUGCUUCUGAGCAAGGGUUAGUUCAUAUGUUGAUUUCUUUCUCUUCCUGCUCUCCAGAGUGAGUCUGUUAUGGAAAGAAGGGUGAGGGGGGAGAGCUAGUGACUGCCGAAAAAGAUGGCUAGAAGCCUUGAACUUCGUGUAGCGACAACGGGUCCCUGGCUUUUGAAGGCAGGAGUAAGAAUGGUAGGAGCACCUUCCAACAACUGCUGACUCUGGACUUCUAGUGAAAGGUUUCUUUUCUGGAUGCAUUACAUGCAGAGGAGCAGAUUCUGUCUCUGUGGAGCCUCCAGAGCAAGCCAGCUUUGAGAAUCACCUGUGCCUAGGAGUUUUUUGUGGGGAGCAGGUGGUCUGCAAUCCUGUAUGUGUACUGACUAGCUUCUAAAAAAAUGUGCAUCGAAUAAAGGUAAGGGACCCCUGACCAUUAGGUCCUGUCAUGGCCGACUCUGGGGUUGCAGCGCUCAUCUCGCUUUAUUGACUGAGGGAGCCGGCAUACAGCUUCCGGGUCAUGUGGCCAGCAUGACCAAGCCACUUCUGGUGAACCAGAGCAGCGCACGGAAACGCCAUUUACCUUCCCGCUGGAGCAGUACCUAUUUAUCUGCUUGCACUUUGACAUGCAUUUGAACUGCAUAGAAGAAAAACCUAAUAAAAGCCCUGCGUCAGAUCAGGGGCAUGUCUAAUCUGGCAGCCUGCUUACCAACCAGAGAUGUCUUUUGGAAGCCCGAGUCAUGUGGCCUCUGAUCUUGGAGGUAGUGUAUCUCUAUAAUAACCAGUAGACAGCUGUUACUGUAAAAGUAGCCGUGAUUACUUUUAGAGUAAUCAUUGAUUUGGGAUAGUAUCUUCCAACUGCUCCUGUUUUUUCAAAGACGAUUCCUAAAUCACUCUUUCUCUUUUGCUUUUGUGUAGGUAUGUGUGAUACCAUUUUAAAUUUUUCCCAGAUGUAUUAGUUUGUUUUCUGCUGUAUUGGAAAGCUGUCCAUAAAAAGGAAAGCAGUGUGGUCCAGUUAGUCACACACUGUAUUUACAAACAAACAAACAAAAAAAUUCCUUCCAGUAGCACCUUAGAGACCAACUAAGUUUGUUAUUGAUAUGAGCUUUCGUGUGCAUGUACACUUCUUCCGCUAUUGCAUGACAGUUCUACACCUAGCUUGGCAACUUGUCCAGUCCUGUGACCAGCAAGUUGCUGCAACAAGUAUUUAUCUUCCUGCUUCUCUGGGUUACUGCUGUAGGUUGACGGUUCGAAUCCCCGCGACGGGGUCAGCUCCCGUUGCUCUGUCCCAGCUCCUGCCAACCUAGCAGUUCGAAAGCAUGCCAAUGCAAGUAGAUAAAUAGGUACUGCUGUGGCGGGAAGGUAAACGGCAUUUCUGUGCGCUCUGGUUUCUGUCAUGGUGUUCCACUGCACCAGAAGUGUUUUAAGUCAUGCUGGCCACAGGACCCGGAAAGCUGUCUAUGGAAAAACACUGGCUCCCUUGGCCCAAAAGCAAGAUGAGCGCCACAACCCUAUAGUUGCCUUUGACUGGACUUAACCGUCCAGGGGUCCUUUACCUUUUUUACCUUACUAGUAAUAAAAGGUGGAUGUUAAGAGAGAAAGACACAUAGUGUAAGUAAACACAUGUCCUAUUUCCAUUUGUGAAAUACUGGAAGGUAUAAAUUGAGGUUUUGCUGCACGUAUACUCAACAACUGCUCUUCAAACCUAGAUUUAGAGAUCAACUGGAUUUGUGAUUAUUUUGCAAUUUGUGACUACAGUGAAGGUAUUUUUUUUCAGAGUGCAUGAAAUAAUGAGAACUUGCUUCUUGCAGGAAGUACACCUCUGGGAUGUUACAAAAAACUGAUAGAAUAUCACAAAAGAGGAGACCUUUCUUUCAAGUAUGUGAAGACGUUCAAUAUGGAUGAAUAUGUGGGUAGGUUUGUCUUCAAUGUUUUUUUGCAGAAUAGGGUGGGACUGGGUGGUUUACAUGUAUGCCAUGUAAACCUAGAAAAAUUGUUUGCAGUCCAGUAAUUGGAUAACUAAAUUAGCAUUUGUGUUGAAUCUUUUGUUCCAGGGCUUCCCAGAAGUCACCCAGAAAGCUACCAUUCUUACAUGUGGAACAAUUUUUUCAAGCAUAUUGAUAUAGAUCCAAAUAACGCUCAUAUUCUCGAUGGAAAUGCUGCCGAUCUAAAGGCAGAGUGUGAUGCGUUUGAAAAAAAGAUAGAGGAAGCUGGCGGAAUAGAUUUAUUUGUUGGAGGUAAAAUAUAUAUAUAUAUUAUUCAACAGUGGUGGCAAAAAAGGUGUUUUUCAGUGAGCGCUCAAAUCAGUAAUGCAUAAUUACCAGACAAAAUUCUGUAUGCAGGUCUACUCUGAAUAAUCCCAUUGAGUUCAAUAAGAUUUACUCUCAGGCAAGUGGGGGGAAUUGCAACCUAAUAAAAGUAUCUGGAUGGAAUAAAAAUAGUUGGAAUAGUUUAUUAAACAUAGUGGGAGUAGCCUGUUAGUUUGGCUCAUAAUAAACACCAUCUGUUUAUAUUACAUAUGCGCUCAGUGCUGUGCUGCAGAGUUGUUCAACUUGCAGUUUGGAGCACAUCUUAUGAACUAAACUACCAAGAUAAAGAUGUGCUUAGUGUUGUUCUGAUGCUCUCAAAAGCAAACUAUCAACUAUAGCUGAGAAUGAAUGACACCAAUCUACUGCUGCAUAAAGUUAUUUAGUAUUACCAGACAUUCCCAUCUACAUUGUCUUCCUUGUGUGUGCUCUUUCAAGGCAUUGGUCCAGAUGGUCACAUAGCUUUCAAUGAACCGGGCUCAAGUUUGGUAUCAAGAACGAGAUUGAAGACGCUAGCAAUGGACACCAUUCUGGCAAAUGCAAAAUACUUUGAUGGAGAUUUGGCUAAAGUUCCUACUAUGGCGUUAACAGUUGGCGUGGGAACCGUGAUGGAUGCUAGAGAAGUAAGAAUAUUUUUCUUUCUCUUCUGGAUAUUUUUGUAGUUUGUUGCUUUUAGAUAAGAAGUGUACCUGUGAAGCAUAGCAAGUCCAUUUCAUUGCAAAACAAUGGAAUUGCAAAGUGAAUCAUUGCUACAAACAUUCUGUGCUAAUAAUGCAUGUUUAUUUAUUUUGUGCGGUGUAACUGAUGAUGUUGGUAAACAAUUUUUUCCUCCAAAGUUGGACAAGGUGCUAGAGUUGUAAUUUUAUUCCCAGUCCAUUAGUAUCCUUCUUACUGUCAAUUAACAUCCUGAUUGAACGGAAUAAAAUAAAACUCUCUAGAUUUAGCUUCCUCUUGAGCCGAUAAUGCAUGUAAUCUCAGUAAAAUAGAUGCUGCUGUUUCACACUGGUCCCGCUAGCUAGGGAUGAUGGGAGUUGUAGUCCAGCAACAGCUGGAGACCCAAGUUUUGAGAAACACUGCGAUUGUAGAGGACAAAAUAUUUUUCUCUCUCCAAUUACAGUGCAGCCUUUAGGUGGACUACUUUAUUUGAACGGGGACACACUUCUCCAUCUCAAUCCCGUCAAGUUUAUGUCCUCUACUGCCUGUACAAGGUCGACUUUGGCAGUGUCUUCUUACAGAAGCAUAACACAGUGUCAGUAGGAAAUGUGUGCUUAAUAUCUGCCAUCUUCUUUCUUCUUCUUCUUUGGCGAUCACUCGUAGCCGAGUAAGAUUGCCUUCCAUAAACACGGAUUUUAACAGUGAGUCUGUAAGUGACUGUGGAGGCCAAUUCUGUACCCACACGUCCUUCCACAGUGGGGACAUUGGUUCCCGGGUGGGAGUUGAUCACGGUGUGGAUUUGCCAAGCGUGCCUUCCUCUUAGCACGUUUCUCCCUUGCAUCCUGAGUUCGAGUGUCUUCAAAGCCCAUGACACCUUUGGUAAAGGCUGUUCUCCAACUGGAGCGCUCGCAGGCCAGUGUUUCCCAAUUGUUGGUGUUUAUACUACUUUUUUUUAGAUUUGCCUUGAGACAGUUUUUAAACCGCCUUUGUUGACCACCAGCAUUACGCUUUCCAUUUUUAAGUUCGGAAUAGAGUAGUUGCUUUGGAAGACGAUCAUCAGGCAUCCGCACAUGACCAGUCCAACAAAGUUCAUGUUGUUAUCGGCCGUAACAACAACUGUCUGCAGAUCUUCCUUAGCAUAAUGAUGGUGCUUUUUUCUUCCAGGUGAUGAUUCUAAUCACUGGCGCGCACAAAGCUUUUGCCUUGUACAAGGCAAUUGAGGAGGGGGUCAAUCACAUGUGGACAGUUUCUGCUUUUCAGCAACAUCCUCACACUAUCUUUGUAUGUGAUGAAGACGCCACCUUAGAACUAAGAGUUAAAACAGUCAAGUAUUUUAAAGGUGAGCUGCAUUUGUACACCAGGCUUCUGCCAGUGAAGUCUCCCCUGUUCCCAAGUUAUUUUAAGGAAUAAUGGUUUACUUGUUUUUUUUAAUACACACACACACACACAGCAAUUUAUUCCUUGAUGGGGUGUUUAGGGGUACAGUGGGCCAGUGCGUCUGGCUGUUAGCCAGGUUGGUAGUUUGACCUCACCCUUCCAGCUUUACAAUGUCAUGAUUCUUGAACCUUGAAGUGCAAAUUUGCCUAUUAGUACUGCAGUUUAUUGGUAUUGUCUUUACUGUUAUUAUUCCCUUCCCUGACAAUUGGCCCCCAAUAAACGGGAGCUGGAUUCCACAGCCUGUUGAUAGAGAGGAUAAGAAAAGACAUAGAACGAGUUUAUCUACACUGAAGUCUUGCUAAUGUCGAUUCUCUUUUCUCAAGGUUUAAUGCAUGUGCACAACAAACUCGUGGACCCACUUUACAGUAUGAAAGAGCAAAACUGAGGGAGAGAUCAAAGUUGGACUCGUCUGGCUGACCCUGGCAGUGGUUUUAGGUAGCAGAUGAAUGUACUGCUAUGCAAUAUGCUGGAAUACUGGCUAAAAUGGAGAAUCUAAAUGGAGUACUGUGGGGUUUUGUCUUUGUUCGAAAGGUCCAAAUGUGCAAACAUACAUUCCUCUUAGCACUGUUACAAGCACUGUUCUCUGCUUUCUUGUCCAGAUCUUUUUUGCCUGUUACACGCUACCUGUAUGCUACUGGAAGCCAAUGGAAGAGUAGUCCAGACUUUAAAGGUAGCCCUAGACAAGCUGUUUACAGGAGGAGAGCUCUGUGUAAAUUCAAGUAUAUAUAAAAGUUCUUUUUGUCACGGGCUGUGUAAUUUCAACCUACAAACUGGUAAUUGAGCACUUUACUUUGAGAGACUUGCACAUAACUGUCAGACCUAAACCUCAGCAGCUGCGUGCCUUAAAAUCUACACCUGGGAAUCCGCAUGGGGCACAGAAAUAAGGUGAAAGACUUUUCAUCCCUAAACUGCUGGUCAUGUUUUGUUGAAUUCUGGAGGUGUAGCCAAUAUUGGCCUUUUGCAGCAAAAAUAGCAAGGAAAUUAUUUGGCACCUUGAAUAUGAACUUGGACAGCCAUGAGGUGUGUGUAUGUAUAUCUUUGUCUUUCUGCUAUAACACUCAGUUUCAUUAAACGAAGCUAGAUUUUUGAGGGUUAACUGAAUUAUACACAUCUCAAAGUAUGACCUCCUUGUUGUUAACUUUCCAUAAGAAUGCCACACUCUUGUAAUUCUAGCUUAAGUAAAGCUUCACAUAGCUAUUAUGCUGUCUAAAAUUCAAUUGAUGCACAACCACUGGUGCACAGGUCCUUUUGGACCUAGGAGAGGGAGGAACAGGCUUAUACUCGCUCUGCCAAUGCGCACAGGGGCCAGGGAUGGAAUCCCUGUGCAAAAUGGUCGCUGCCUCUACUGUACAUAAUGCGCUUCACUAAGGAC